GGUCAUUCCAUUGCGUUACGCGUGGAGAAAAACCCGAGUUGUGUCUCUGUGACUCCCUUGCUUCUCGUAUCAGCCCAGUCCCUGCCGUCUCCAUCGCAUCUUCAGCUAUGAGCAAGUGGACGCGCGUCGUGGCACUGGCAGUCGCGUCGCUGAUCCCACUCGCCUCCGCCGACGUCGAGACGCACGAGGUUUGUCUACCGUCCUAAGCUCCGGCGUCAUUAUGACAUGUUAACGUCGUAUCUCUGUCAUAUCUCUAUACAGUACACUCCAGGCGAGGAAGUGGUGGUCUGGGUGAACAAGAUUGGCCCAUUCAACAACCCACAGGAGACGUACACGUACAACACGCUGCCAUUCUGUCACGCUCCAGGAUCUGAAGACCCUGAAGCUCAUGCACUGGGUAUUGGCGAGAUCUUGGAAGGCAACGAGCUGUUAAAUUCUGGUCAGCAGAUUAAAUUCGGUGUGGAUUCUCCCAAGACGAAACUCUGUGAACAAACACUGACGGAUGCUGACGCGCUGCAGUUCGGCGCUGCGGUGGACGAGCAUUACUGGUACCAAAUGAGUGUGGACGAUCUGCCUGUGUGGGGACUCGUAGGUAAAGUCAUGAAACCCACAGACGACGUCGAGUACCUCAAGCAGUUUCCAGUGGGGACACGUGUGCUGUAUACGCACAAAAAGUACUCAAUUUCUCACAAUGGGCCGCAUAUUAUUCACGUCAACUUGACGUACUCGGACGUACUAACGUCUAUUGCGUCCAAUAAGAAGGUCGAGUUCACGUACGAAGUUGUGUGGUCCGAGACGUCCAUCCCAUUCGAGGAUCGCUUCGAUCGCUACUUGGAAGACGAGUUCUUCGAACACCAGAUCCACUGGUUCUCGAUCUUUAACUCGUUUAUGAUGGUUAUCUUCCUCUGCGGUCUAGUGGCGCUCAUUCUACUGCGUACACUCAAGAAUGACUAUGCAAGAUUCGCUGAAGACGACGCCGAGGAGCUCAUGAUGGACGGCAAGUCGUCGCUACUCAAAGAUGACGCCAAUUCUGGCUGGAAAUUAUUGCACGGAGAUGUUUUCCGUGCACCUCCGUACUUGCUGCUGUUCACGGCGUUGGUGGGAACUGGUGCUCAGCUUCUGGUGCUGUCAGUGUGCCUGAUGCUCAUUGCUAUUGGCUCGUCGCUAUACAUUGAACCGGGUGGUAUCGUCUCGGUGGGACUCACAGUCUACGCGUUUUCGUCGCUGGCUAAUGGAUACGCGAGCGGCGCCUUCUACCACCAGUUCUUCUACCCGCGAGUGUCGAAGGAUUGGAUCCGAGCCAUGUGUCUAUCGUCAGCGCUGCUCCCCACAGUCACGUUCGUGUCUGUGUUCUUCAUUAACGCUCUGGCUGUAUUCUACGGUACGACGUAUGCUAUCCCGUUCGUGACGAUCGUACAGGUGGUACUUGUGUGGUUCUUCGUGUCGUGUCCACUGGCAGUGCUGGGCACGAUCUUGGGUCGUCACGGCGCUGCAAAGGCCGGAUUCCCGUGCCGUGUGAACAAAUUCCCGCGUGAAGUCCCCGAGGCGCGUUGGUAUCUGCGCCCGCCAGUGCUGAUCGCACUUACCGGAGUGCUCCCGUUCGGAUCGAUCUUCAUCGAGAUGUACUUUAUCUUCGCGUCGUUCUGGAACUACAAGUUCUACUACGUGUACGGCUUCAUGCUGCUGGUGUUCAUCAUCCUGACGAUUGUGACGCUCUGCGUGACGAUCGUGUGCACGUAUUUCCUACUGAACGCCGAGAACUACCGAUGGCAUUGGACUUCGUUCGCGGCUGCAGGCAGCACCGCUUUGUACGUCUUCGUCUACGCCAUCUAUUUCUAUUUCUUCAAGACCAACAUGUCGGGCUUCCUGCAGACAUGUUUCUACUUUGGCUACAUGGGGCUGUUCUGCUUCGCGUUCUUCAUUAUGUGUGGCACUGUGGGAUACCUCGGCAGCAGCGUCUUCACAAAGCGCAUCUAUCGCAACAUCAAGUGUGAAUGAAGCGAGUGUCAGGUGUGCUGUCCUGCAAGCACAAGAAAAAGGGUGAAGGAGGAUUGAUCCGAACGACUAGAGAAAAAAGGCGAAGAAUAUCAAUCCCAGUGGUAGGUUCAUGUGCAUUUUACACCUUUUUGUUUACUUAUAUACCUUUGCAGGAUCACUGUACAAGUAUAUACUUCUUUAUUUUUAGGGUUUUAGAACUAGGGUUUUGCAUUAGGGUUUUCACUGGCGUGGGGCAGGUCAGUUGAAGGAGUCGAUGACCUGGCGCAUGGCCUGCACUGUGCCAGCAACCAUUCCAACGAUACCGAAGACGACGAUUCCCCAGUGGAAGAUGCGUGAAGGCAGUGACAGCGUCGACCCCGUGGCUACCAGGUAGAGAAUGGGAGGCAAGACAAUCGCCAGCAUGCUCGAGCCCACGGAGCCAAAGAGACUGAUAAGAAGCCCCACGUCUGGUACGCACACUGCGACCAUCAUGAGACUCGUGCACAACAUGGAGCGGAACAGCGUGCGAUUGCAUUCGUACGGCGAUAAAUUGCACACCAAUCGCUCCAGACCACUCGCUGUUGACCGCGUUGAAGACAAACUGGCAGCUGCUGCUACUGCGGCCGGAGAAGCCAUCGGAGAGAAUGAGUGACGCAUCGUUUGCAGCGAAAAGAGAGCCGGUGGACGACUGUUGUGGCUGCUGGUAGACAGCAUCACCUCGUGGUCGUCGUGAUGGCCUUCGACGUCGUUGUCAAGUCCAUGCAGCGAGCGAUACUGGUGUUUCUUCCGAGCCUUGCGACGUCUUCUUGCCUCUAGUGUCACUUGAACAGGCUCAGACGGAGGCGCAGGACGCAUCACGGACUUAUGCCGCAGCAUUCUCUCCAAAACGUCGAUUGCAGGGUAGAACUGAAUGGGGAACGAGAGCGUGCACGCAAAAGCUAGCGCCACAUUCGCCUACAAGGUAAUGGCAACUGUGAGUUUCAAAGUGUAGUCAUCUCCAAAGGCUCUGAUCAAUACUGCGUACCAUAGUAACUAGCCAUCCCUCGCAGUAAUCGUGUAGUACUGCUGUCAUACUGCCGUUAUCGAUUUGACCGAAGGCAAUCGUCGGCACUUCUCCAAUAAAGAGGAAGAGCACAAGGAUCCACAGCAUACAGAUGGCAAGCACACGAGGGAAUCUCUCAGGCUCAGCCAUUGCGUUCUGGAUAGGCAGCACUAAACCGAUUCCCUCGAAGGAGUACACGGCUGUGCCGUAGAAUUCGGGAAUCUGACUCCAAUCCACUAGCACAGUCGGUUCUCGAGGCUUUCGAGGGUGUUCCCAGUAGUCAAUGGAGUAGUAAAAUACAAUGGCGAUACCUGACAGCACCGCAAAGUUGGCUGUGUACCAAUUUAAUUAGUACUUCGAAGGAUGUGAUAACCCAAAGGAAAAAAAAAACAUUAAAAACACGUAACGCACCGAGACCUGAGAACGGGGUGAUACGACGCAGUGUGCGAACCCAGGAAA